GGACACUGGCUGGAUGAAGAGUUUGGAGCCCCUGAUUGCUAACAUCUAGCUUCUUGGAGCCUGGACAUCUCCCCGGUCUGUUUUCCACCAUGUUUCACUUAAUAAAAAAGGACCGAGAUGGGUCCAGAAGGGAGAAGAAAGAGAAGAAGGAGAAGAAGGAACGGAUGUCGGCUGCUGAGCUGAAGAGCCUCGAGGAGAUGAGUAUGCGCCGGGGCUUUUUCAAUCUCAACCGUGCUUCAAAGAGGGAUGCGAAGAACCGGCUGGAGAUCUCUAACCCCAUCCCUAUCAAAGUGGCCAGCGGCUCUGACCUCCAUCUAACUGACAUCGACUCAGAUAGCAAUCGGGGGAGUGUGAUCUUGGAUUCUGGGCACCUUAGCACCGCUAGCUCUAGUGAUGAUCUCAAAGUGGAUGACACCAACUUCAAGGGGUCGGUGCUUCAGCGAGCUGCCAAGUUUGGCUCGCUGGCCAAGCAGAACUCCCAGAUGAUUGUCAAGAGGUUCUCCUUCUCCCAGAAGAGCCGCGAUGAAAGCACCUCAGAAACCUCCACACCCUCUGAGCAUUCGGCUGCUCCUUCUCCACAAGUGGAGACACGAACGCUGGAGAUGCAGCUUGCUAAACAGAGCGUGACUCUGGGACCUCCCGGCGUCCCUUUGGCAUCCGCCUCACGAACCCGGUUGCCCGAAUUGGUGAGCAAGAGGUUUCCUGCAGAGUUGAAACUCCCUGCGGUGGUGCCUCCUCAGCCUCCUGGCCCCAGGCAGCUGGAGCUGCAGCGGCGCAACACGGGUGACUUUGGUUUCUCGCUGCGUCGCACCACCAUGCUGGACAGGGCUGCAGAUGGGCAGGUGUACAGGCGGGUGGUGCAUUUUGCUGAACCAGGCGCUGGGACCAAAGAUCUGGCCUUGGGCUUGGUGCCAGGUGACCGGCUGGUGGAGAUCAACGGGCGCAAUGUGGAAAAUAAAUCCCGGGAUGAGAUUGUGGAGAUGAUCCGGCAGUCGGGGGAGACGGUGCGCCUGAAGGUUCAGCCCAUUUUGGAACUGAGUGAGCUAAGCUGCUGCUGGCUGAAGAAUGGGGAGCGACUUCAUGGAGCAGCCUUUGAUCCGGAGCCGGAGACCGCCGUGGCUGCCUCCAGCCAGGCCAAGACGGAGGAGCAAAUUGCUGCGGAAGAGGCCUGGUACGAGACGGAGAAGGUGUGGCUGGUUCACAAGGAUGGCUUCUCCUUGGCGAGCCAGCUGAAGACCGACGCUGCCGGCAUCUUACCGGAGGGGAAGGUCAAAGUGAAGCUGGACUAUGAUGGGGCUGUUCUGGAGGUGGACGAAGAUGAUAUUGAAAAGGCCAAUCCUCCAUCAUGUGACCGUUUGGAGGACCUGGCCAACCUUGUCUAUCUCAACGAGUCCAGUGCCCUGCACACCCUGCGCCAGCGCUAUGGCGGGAACCUCAUUCACACCUACGCCGGCCCCAACUUGGUGGUCAUCAACCCGCUCAGCUCUCCAUCCAUGUACUCAGAGAAGGUGAUGCACAUGUUCAAGGGAUGCCGCAAGGAGGACACGUCCCCUCACAUUUACGCGAUAGCCCAGGCGGCCUACCGGGGCAUGUUGAUGAGCCGCCAAGACCAGUCCAUUGUCCUCCUGGGGAGCAGCGGCAGCGGCAAAACCACCAACUGCCAGCACGUGGUGCAGUACUUGGCCACCAUUGCUGGCAGCUCCGGGAAGGUCUUCUCAGUGGAGAAAUGGCAGGCCCUGUACACCAUCCUGGAAGCCUUUGGCAACAGUGGCACAAGCUUGAACAGCAACGCCACGCGUUUCUCACAGAUAAUCUCCCUGGACUUCGACCAGGCUGGGCAGGUGGCAUCAGCUUCUGUGCAGACAAUGUUGCUAGAGAAACUCAGGGUUGCCAAGCGUCCUGCCAACGAGGGCACCUUCAACGUGUUCUACUAUCUCCUGGCCUGCCCCGACAACGCCCUGCGGACCGAGCUGCAUUUCAACCACUUGGCCGAAAACAACGUCUUUGGGAUUGUGCCUCUGUCAAAGCCGGAGGAGAAGCAGAAAGCAGGGCAACAGUUCGGCAAGCUGCAGGCGGCCAUGAAGGUGAUGGGCAUUUCCAGCGAUGAGCAAAAGGCCUUCUGGCUCGUCUUGGGAGCGAUUUGCCACCUGGGCGCGGCUGGAGCGACCAAAGACAGCAGCGAAGCCGGGAGGAAACAGUUUGCCCGUCACGAGUGGGCCCAGAAGGCCGCCUACCUGCUGGGCUGCACCCUGGAAGAGCUGUCCUCGGCCAUCUUCAGGCAGCAACCCAAAGGCACCCUGCAGAGAUCCACCUCCUUCCGCCAGGGGCCCGAGGAAGCAGCGCUGGCGGACGGCUCAGGUCCAAAGACCUCUGCUCUGGAGUGUUUAGAAGCCCUGGUCUCCAGCCUGUACUCAGAAGUGUUCACACUGCUCAUCUCCCUCCUCAACAGGGCUCUUAAGUCCAGCCAGCGGUCCUUGUGUUCCAUGAUGAUUGUGGAUACGCCCGGCCUCCAGAACCCGGAGAUGGCCGGCCAGAGCCGCGGGGCCACCUUUGAGGAGCUGUGCCACAACUACGCCCAGGAGCGGCUGCAGGCGCUCUUUCACGAGCGGACCUUUCUGCAGGAGCUGGAGCGAUACAAGGAGGAAAACAUAGACCUUUCCUUAGAUGCCUUAGAGCCCAGUACCUCAGGCUGUGUAGCCACAGUAGACCAAGCGUCCCAGCAGGCUCUGGUUCGCACGCUUGCCCGAACCGAUGAAGCCCGUGGCCUGUUGUGGCUCUUGGAGGAGGAGUCCCUUCAGCCUGGGGGCAAUGAGGAGAGUCUUCUGGAGCGUCUCUUCACCUACUACGGCCCACAGGAUGGAGACAAGAAAGGCUCCAACCCGCUUCUCCGGAGCAACAAACCACGGCACUUCUUCCUGGGCCACAGUUACGGCACCAACUGGGUGGAGUACGAUACCACCGGCUGGCUGAGCUACGUCCGGCAAAACCCCGCCUCUCAGAAUGCCUCGGUUCUCCUGCAAGAGUCCCAGAAGAAGAUGAUCAGCAGCCUCUUCGCAGGCCGAGCCGGGGCCACCACAGUGCUGUCCGGGUCCAUCGCUGGCCUGGAGGGAGGCUCCCAGUUGGCCCUGCGCAGGGCCACCAGCAUGCGCAAGACCUUCACCACUGGGGUCGCCGCUGUGAAGAAGAAGUCUAUGUGCAUCCAGAUCAAGCUGCAAGUGGAUGCCCUGAUCGACACCCUCAAGAAGUCCAAGCUCCAUUUCGUGCACUGCUUCUUGCCCAAGGCAAACGGCUGGAGAGGGGACUCCAAGGGGCCGUACGCGCGCCGGGUGAGCACCAGCGAGCUGGACCUGCACGGGGAGCACUGUGAGGCCGGCCUGAUGCAGCUGGAGGUGCCCCUGUUGAGGGCCCAGAUCCGGGGCUCCCGCCUCCUUGAUGCCCUUCGGAUGUACCGCCAAGGCUACCCUGACCACAUGGCCUUUGCCGAGUUCCGGCGGCGCUUUGACGUCCUGGCCCCUCACCUGACCAAGAAGCACGGGCGCCAUUAUAUCGUCACAGAUGAGAAGCGGGCGGUGGAAGAGCUCUUGCAGUCGCUGGAGUUGGAGAAGAGCUGCCAUCAGAUGGGCUUGAGCCGGGUGUUUUUUCGGGCAGGGACGCUGGCAAAACUGGAGGAGCAGCGUGAUAAGCAGAUGAGCCGGAGCAUCACACUGUUCCAGGCGGCCUGCCGUGGGUUCCUGGCACGCCAGCAGUUCAAGAAGAGGAAGAUUCAGGACCUUGCUAUCCGCUGUGUGCAAAAGAACAUCAAGAAGAACAAGGGGGUGAAGGGCUGGCCCUGGUGGAAACUCUUCACCACGGUUCGGCCUCUCAUCGAAGUCCAGCUCACAGAGGACCAGAUCCGGGCAAAAGAUGAGGAGAUCCAGCAGCUGAAAGGCCGCCUGGAGAAGGUGGAGAAGGAGCGAAAUGAACUGAGGCUGAGCAGCGACCGCUUGGAGAGCAAGGUCUCGGAGCUGACAUCGGAGCUGACAGACGAGAGGAACACGGGAGAGUCGGCCUCCCAGCUUCUGGACGCGGAGACAGCGGAGCGCCUGCGGGCCGAGAAGGAGAUGAAGGAUCUCCAGGCCAAGUACGAUGCGCUCAAGAAGCAGAUGGACUCCAUGGAGAUGGAGGUGAUGGAGGCCCGUCUGAUCCGCGCUGCUGAGCUUAACGGGGAGAUGGAUGACGACGACACAGGCGGGGAGUGGCGCCUGAAGUACGAGCGGGCCACCCGGGAGAUCGACUUCACCAAAAAGCGCUUGCAACAGGAGUUUGAAGACAAGUUGGAGGUGGAGCAGCAGAGCAAGCGGCAGCUGGAGAGACGGCUCACGGACCUGCAGGCAGACAGCGAGGAGAGCCAGCGGGCCCUGCAGACCCUGAAGAAGAAGUGCCAGCGCUUGACGGCAGAGCUGCAGGACACCAAACUGCACCUGGAAGGGCAGCAGGGCCGCAACCACGAGCUGGAGAAGAAGCAGCGCCGGUGAGGAGGCCGGCAGGGAGGCUCCGGGCUGGGGGGAGAGGAGAAGGGACCCUGCCACUUCUCUCCUGCCCCUUCGCCUCUUGACCAGCUCUGAAGUUCUCCAGGCACUAAACAGGGUGGCACUUGGAUGGCAGCCUGGCGCUCUUGGGGCAGUGCUGAGCCUCAGGCUACAGUUCACCCCGGGGUUCCAUCAGGAGAGACGGAGUACCUUCGUCCCGUGCUCCC